CGAUUGGCUCGUUCAACUAGUGGUCGAUGCUCUUCACCACGAUUUAAAGAUACAUUGGAUGGAUUAUCAUCGCGAAAUGUAAAUGUUCUAUCAAUUUCACUUGACAGUACACCAACAUCUGAAGAUGGUGAUUCAAAAAGACGUACUCUAUUGUUUACGCAAGGUUCUAAGUCUGAGGAUCUUAGUAAGUGUUUAACAGAUGAUUUAAGCAGUUUAACUAUCGAUGGAGGUACUAACUAUCGAAUUAUUCGAUCAAGUGAACUUGAAAUAGGCAGUAGUCUUGGAGAAGGAGAGUUUGGAAAGGUUUUUCAGGUAAUAAAAAAGAAAAUUAUCUUAUUGUUACCAUUUUCUGUUAAUAUUUCUGAACUGAGUUAA